GUCACGUGGCAUCGGCAGACCAUUACUCCACUGAGAACAAGUGUGAAACCAUCAAAGAAAAGGAAAAUGUCCUCCGUCUUGGUGGUGCACGGUGGGGCGUGGGCCAUUCCGGAGGAGCUGGCCAGGCCUUCUGUUGAAGGAGUGAAAGCUGCAGCUCGGGCCGGGUCUUCAGUGCUGAGAAGUGGAGGAAGUGCACUGGAUGCUGUUGAGGCAGCUGUGAGGGCCAUGGAAGAUAAUACAGUCUUUAAUGCAGGACAUGGAGCAACACUGAACGCUGAUGGAAAAGUGGAGCUGGAUGCAAUUAUCAUGGAUGGGAAAACUCUUGCGUCUGGUGCGGUGUCUUCAGUAAAGAACAUUGCCAACCCUGUGUCACUGGCACGCGCAGUGAUGGAGAAGACUUCCCACGUGAUGUUGACAGAUACAGGUGCAAACCUUUUUGCAGAGAGCAUCGGUAUCAGGACAGUUCCUGCUGACGAACUGGUGUCCGACUUUGAGAAGAAAGAAUGGGAAAAGCAUAAGAAUUAUGUUACGGGAGUAAUCGAAGAUUUCAGCUUUCAGAGGGACCAUGAUACUGUUGGUGCAGUAGCUUUGGACUCUUCUGGUAAUGUUGCAUGUGCAACAUCAACUGGAGGAAUUAGGAAUAAAAUGGUUGGCAGAGUAGGAGACUCUCCAGUCAUUGGCUGUGGAGGAUACGCAGACAAUUCACUUGGUGCGGUAUCUUGUACCGGCCACGGAGAAUCUAUCCUCAAAGUCACGUUGGCCAGACUCAUCCUCUCACACGUGGAGCAAGGUAAGUCCAUUGCAGAUGCCUCAAAGUUGGCUCUGAAGUACAUGAGCGACCGUGUCCAAGGUGGAGGAGGAGCAGUUGUAGUUUCUCCGUCGGGGCAGUGGGCUGCCACAUUUACCACACAGCGCAUGGCUUGGGCUGCUGUGGAACGUGAUGAGCUGUGGUACGGAUUAGAGCAAAAUGAAAGACUGAAAGACCAAUUGUAGACUACCAGUAACUGUUAGUGCACACGUAUGAAUUGUUUAUGGCUUGUAAUGUAAAGCACUUUGAGCACUCAAGAUGACUAGAAAGGUUUUGUAUAAAUAGAAUCCACUUAAAAUGUAACUGUCACAUGUACGUAUGUUAUUGCAAAAAGCAAUUAAAAAUUUUAACAAUAUACUAAAAUAUGUUAUUUUGUUAUUUGUUGGCCUGUAAUUUUGCACAGGUAUGUUAUGAUGGCUAGUUUGUUCUGGCUACAUUGCAACUUUGAUUAUAUGUAUUUAAAAAUACUUAUCCACUUUUGUUUAUGCUAUUUUAAGCUGGACUUAUCUUUUCAAUCAUUUAAACUUGAUAAUUUUAAUAAUUGUGGGUUUUUAGUUAUAAAAAGCCAUUUAACCUGAACUGAUUGAACCACACUUGUUUUUUCCACCACACGUUUGUUCCACUGGUUUUCACAAGACAAUGUUGUUCAAAGUUGAUGUUGUUACAUAACUUUAAAGCACCUCUUGCAAAAUGGGCUCUGGUUGGGGGCUGUCAGUGUAACAAUAGCCUCUUUCAUGACCUUCCGAUUCGUUUUGCCAACAGUACUGGUAGUCUUGUGUCAUCUUUUGAAACAAUGGCUGCUCACAGACAAGUGUAUACAAACUUGAAUCGGCCCUGACUUCCCCAAAAGGAGCUGACUAGAAUGCUCUGCAUGCUUCAUUUAAAACUGGAGACCACAGGAAUGUUUUAUGGCAUUUAAACUAUACCUCUGAUUGUAUUAUUCUUCUAGACUGAACAGAUAUUUGUAUCCAUUUAUCCAAGUAAAGUUUCUGGAAAUAAAA